AUGGCUACUAUUAAUAUAACGAUGUCGUUACCUGUUCAAGUUAUUGAACUUUUAUUGAAUACAGUGAAUAUAUUACGAGGUCAUCAAAAUAUAUUCGGUGUAAAUGAUUUCGCCUGUCAACAAUCAUCUCAACACCGUCCUCAGACAAGAGACAAUACAGCAUCACAUACAACAAUGUUCCAAUCUCAACAUACUACAAGACAUACCGAAGAAACAUUAUCGUCAAACCAUCAGCUACAUCAAGACACAACAAAACAGACUGAAGGAUUGGAAUUUCCAUCGCAUCAACUACUGUUUCAAAGUACGACAACACAUAGAUCAAUAUCUCAAGAACCUCAAGAAACAUAUGAAAAUGCUGCAUUACGUGCACAAAUACUCAACUAUCGUGAACAAAAUGCAGAACUAAUUCAACGUUUUCAACAUUUCAACGAAGAAUUGAAAAGAAAAAGGAUCGAUUCAUUCGAAGAAUUGAUUGAACAAGACAAAGAAAUGAAGAAAAUUUUCAUUGAAUUAGCUCGUUUAACACAAUCGAUGCCAAUGGAAGGUAUUAAUAUUGGUUUAUUUGGUUUGACAUCAACAGGCAAAUCAACAAUGAUAAAUACUAUUCUUGAUCAAAAACUUGCCCAAACUGGUGUUGGUGAAACAACAACAAAAAUUGUAUCAUAUCAAAGUACAAAUUUUACACUAUGGGAUGUUCCUGGUCGAAAUGAUGAAAUGACUUAUAUGACAAUGGAAUAUAUUUCAUUUUUCAAAGGUCUCUCAAAACGUUUAAUUUUAAUUGAAGCAACAGUGAAAGAAAAUUCAAGUAUGAUGAAACUCUUAGAUGAACUUGAAUUACAUUAUGCAAUUGUUUUCAAUAAAUUCGACAAAGUUGAUGAUGAUGAACAACAACAAAUUCAACAACAGAUUGGACAUGAAAUUAAAAUACUUGGUUUAAAAGGAGUUGAUCAAGUUUUUUUUGUCAGUAGCAAAUAUUCAAACAAAUUUUCUGAUUGGCAAACAAUGAUCAAUUACAUGCAAAAUACUAAUAUUUGA